CAAACUACAAGAAAAGCAAAUCCAGGCAGAGCACAAAGAGGGGCCUGCAGCAGGGGAUAGAAUAAGCAUGGCGAACAGCGGCGAUAUGUGCGAUGGAAGUGGAGCAAUGGUAGCAAGCAGCCGUAAAACGGCUCCUACUUGGUAGACGAACAAGCGAACGAACGACCACGACGACGGUUUCCAAGUUAGUUAGCCACGCGACUCUCGACGCGAACGGACGUGUGGUCGUUGGCGAAGAAAGAGUAUAAGUUUUUCUUUCCUUUCUUCUGCUUGGGAGGGAACGCGCAUUUCCUUUUGGGUAGUUUUCCCCGACUUUUCCCCCUUGGUGUCGUUCUAUUUCGCCGUUGAUGUUCGGUGCGCUGUGAGUAAGAAUUUUGUUCUUGUGAUGUUAGAAGUUUCUGGAGGAAACCGGCAAAUCAGGAAAAUGUGUGCCUUUAGUGAAUUCGAUAGGAAAUGCUACUGAAGAAGCAAAAGUUACGAUCAAAACAUAAUAAGCUGAAUGAUGAAAAAGGGAACUGCAAUUAAAAAAGUCGAGUAUUUUUAUCUUAAAAGGAUACAUUUCCCCGUAACGUGAUAAGGAACAACGUUUUCCAAAGUGUUUGAACAGCCGUCCGGUUUACGUCAACGUUUUGAAUUUCAAUUUAAGCUCAAUUAAAAUGGUGUUAUUGAAUAUCCUUCGACCACAAAUGAUUGCGCUGUGAACUGGCGCCAUUCAUUGGAAACUUGUUUGGUUUGUCAGACCAUAUCUCAAUUGGUAUCCUUUCGCUAGUUGUCUACAGUGAUACGAUAUCAGUUUGUCAUUGCCACCACCCCAAGCAAAUAACCCGUUCCAUUCAACCGCACAACACGAACACAGUGAAGAGCUUCAAUCCUCAAAACAAAGUCCACCAAUCAAUCCAACAUUUGUUUGAAUACACGCACGAGGAACGGGAGUCAGAUUGUGUGGUUUUGUUGAUGAAUCACGAGAAAGUAUUAUCGUCAACAGUUCCGCGUUCGCUACCGACGAUGAUGAUACCCAACAGUAGUGAUAAAGCAGCCAUUGUGUGCUAGGGAUAAAUAGCGCAGCUGUUGGCUAAUGGUGCAACCAACGAACCCAAUCGGCAGAAGAAAGGAUAUUCACGACACCAGCACUACACGACACAGUCAAUUCGAGCAUAACGAGUAAACUUGUUUGCUUCCUUUACUUGGACUUGGAAAACGAUUAGGGAGAUGUUAGUGUGGCAAUAGAAUAAUACUUGACCCAGUUGGAAGUAGCCAUCGUUUGACAGUGAAAGCCCCUCACCAGUUAAGAUGAAGGAUAACAAGCGAUUUUAUAAAGCAAGGCCUUGGAAAAUGGAUCACGGCGGCGGGGAUGAUGAAGCACCGACAGAUCCUCGGCUCAAGAGCAGCACGUUUCCGGAACACCCUGAUUAUGAAGGUCACCGAGCACACACGGUUUUCGUUGGCGUCCACAUACCGGGCUCAUCGAGGCGCCACUCGCAAAGGCGUCGCCACAAGCACCAUCAGACGAGCAGGGACAAUGGUGACAAGAGCUCGGCCAGCACCGAAUCCGAUCGACCAGUUACACCACCCGCACAAAGAGUCCAGUUCAUUCUGGGAGGCGAAGUCGGCGACGACGGCAACCAUGAGUCACAUCCACUGUUCUCCGAGAUGGAGGAGCUGGUCAAGGAAGGCGACGAAAUGGCCUGGAAGGAGACCGCCCGGUGGGUCAAGUUCGAAGAGGACGUCGAAGAGGGCGGCAAUCGGUGGUCCAAGCCCCACGUGGCGACCCUCUCGUUGCAUUCGCUCUUCGAACUGAGAAGUCUGCUGCUCAACGGCUCUGUCAUGCUGGAUAUGGAAGCCGUCAGUUUGGAGCAAAUCGCCGAGUUGGUCUGCGAGAAUAUGGUUAAUGCUGGCACGUUGCCCAUCGAGGCGCGGGAUAAGGUUAUCGACGCGCUGCUGAAACGACACAAACAUCAGCACGAGUUCGGCAGCAAGAAAACGCGGCUGCCACUGAUCCGAUCGCUGGCCGAUAUUGGCAAGAAUCACUCGAGCUCCAAGAAUAUGCGUCGUUCUUCAUCCACCGCCAAUUCAUACCCAAUGCACGUCGUCUCAUCGGCACCGGGGAUGCACGAUGACGUUGGUGAAGCAGCACCGUCAGCACUCACCGCACUGCUCGGUGGAUCUUCCAAAGAUCAGCGGGGUCACUAUCUAGCACUGCCAACAGUUGACGAUCAUCAACAGCAACAACAGCAUAGCUUACAUUCUGCCUCCCAACCGGUCUUGAAAAGUGCCAGCAAUAGUAGCAAUAUUAACGCCACAACCUCGGCCAAACCCGGCGGCAACAAUGGAAAACUUUUGACCGUACCUGGAAGACCUUCCGGGGAAAAUCUCAUUCAAAGCCCCAGCAGCAUCUCGAUGGCCCGGAAUACCAGCUCCGGUGAGCUGCAGAAUGGCGAACACAAAUCCAACACGAACUUUAUGAGGAAGAUACCACCGGGUGCCGAAGCCAGCAACAUCCUUGUCGGUGAGGUGGACUUUCUGGACAAAACACUUGCCGCAUUCCUUCGGCUGAACAACGCAUCCGUUAUGGGUGAUUUGACCGAAGUCCCUGUGCCAACUAGGUUUAUCUUCAUUCUGCUGGGUCCCCCAGGGAGUCACAAUAGCUUCCACGAGAUCGGUCGAGCGAUGGCCACCCUCAUGUCGGAUGAAAUCUUCCACGAAGUCGCGUAUCGUGCCAAGAAGCGAGAACACCUCCUGGCAGGUGUAGAUGAAUUCCUAGAUGCCGUCACCGUAUUACCACCGGGUGAGUGGGAUCCAUCGAUUCGGAUAGAACCACCGGCCGCCAUUCCGUCGCAGGAAGUCCGCAAACGACCUCCGGAGAAAAACCCGAAGGAAGAGAUUGACGAGGAAGAGGAAGAACAACGUCAACGUGAAGAAUCCGGUCUUUCGCGAACCGGACGCCUAUUCGGGGGGCUAGUCAACGAUCUAAAGCGGAAGAAGCCAUUCUACUGGUCCGAUUUUAAGGAGGGACUAUCGCUGCAAUGCAUCGCAUCCUGGAUCUUUCUGUACUUUGCCUGUCUGUCGCCAAUCAUUACGUUCGGUGGACUCCUGGGAUCGGCCACCGGAAACAACAUUGCCGCCAUGGAAUCGCUGGUUUCGGGAUUCGUUUGCGGUAUGGGAUAUGGGUUCUUCUCCGGGCAACCGUUGACGAUCCUUGGCUCGACCGGCCCGGUGCUGGUGUUCGAAACGAUCGUCUACGAUUUCUGCAUGCGAGUCGGAUGGGACUAUCUAACGUUCAGGUUCUGGAUCGGCACAUGGGUGACGAUCAUCCUGGUCAUCCUGGUAGCGGUCGAUGCCAGUGCAUUGGUGUGCUACAUCACGAGGUUCACCGAGGAGAACUUUGCCUGCCUUAUUGCGUUUAUCUUCAUCUACAAAGCGGUGGAGAACGUUCUGCACAUCGGAAAGGACUACCCUUUGAAUACGGCUGGUACAAACUAUGACUGUUCUUGUCUGCCACCGGAAGGAGAAGCCCUAUCCCCAGACAUCAUUCACGAAUGGGCGCAGUAUAGUAAGAAAAGAUGCAUGUUGCUAAAUGGUACCCUCACUGGUGACGAUUGCUUGAAGCCCGAGUACAUCUCCGAUGUCUUCCUGAUGUCAAUCAUCCUGUUUAUCGGAACGUAUAUAAUAUCGGUCAUCCUGAAGGACUUCAAGAAUGCUCUGUUCUUCCCGUCCAACAUCCGACAAGUGGUAAGCGAUUUCGCAGUCAUUAUCGCGAUCUUUUCGAUGACCAUACUGGACUAUGCAACCAACGUACCGACACCGAAACUGGAUGUCCCUCGGGAGUUCAAGCCAACCAUUCCGGAUCGAGGCUGGCUCGUUCAACCAUUCCACGAGAAGAACCCGAUCUGGUCUCCGGUGAUCGCUGUAUUACCCGCCCUGCUGGGCACCAUUCUGAUCUUCAUGGAUCAACAAAUUACGGCUGUGAUAAUCAAUAGGAAAGAGCAUAAGCUAAAGAAGGGCUGUGGCUAUCAUCUGGAUCUUUUCGUACUAGCCUUGCUGAUACAGAUCUGUUCAAUCAUGGGACUACCAUGGUUUGUCGCUGCUACCGUACUCAGUAUUAAUCAUGUCAAUUCACUCAAGCAAGAAUCCGAAACGGCAGCUCCUGGCGAGAAGCCCCAGUUCCUUGGAGUUCGCGAACAACGAGUUACCCACAUAUUGAUCUUCCUGACGAUCGGUUGUUCGGUACUGUUGACACCGCUUCUGUCCCACAUUCCAAUGCCAGUAUUAUACGGCGUCUUUCUGUACAUGGGAGCGGCAUCGCUCAAGGGUCUGCAGUUCUUUGAUCGCCUGAUGAUCAUGCUGAUGCCAAACAAGUAUCAGCCGGACUACAUGUUCUUACGACAGGUUCCCAUCCGUCGAGUCCAUCUAUUCACGGUAAUUCAGCUGGCCUGUUUGGUCAUGCUGUGGGUGAUCAAAUCAUUUUCCUCCACCUCAAUUCUAUUCCCGCUGAUGUUGGUCGUCAUGAUCGGUAUCCGAAAGUCAUUGGACCUCCUCUUCACGCGCCGGGAGCUGAAAAUCCUAGACGAUGUCAUGCCGGAGAUGACGAAGCGAGCUCAUGACGACGACCUCCGGCAGCUCGAGGAUGGCGAGGAUUCGGGCCAACAUUCGGCCGACAAUCUGCAGCUGCCGCAGGAAAAUGGAACCCUCAUCUCCAAACCCCAAAUCAACAUAUCGGAAGAAGUCAAUCGAACCACCAUCUGGAAGCAAGUGAACAACUGUAACGUCCUGUUCACCAAGAAGCAAACCAAGAAAACCUCCCAGAACUACCGUAAAAACCCACCGGGAAGUCUCAACAGUGGUGACAAUCCAAACACCAACCAACAAACGCAACAACAACAAUCACUAUCCGAGAACAAAUUGAGGAAAAUGAGUGAAAUCGACAAAAGACUGUCCACGAUGAGGGAAGAGGAGGAAACGAACUCGGACGAUGCCAACAACCGUCAAUUAAACCACCAGAAACGAACGCAGGUUUAGAGCAAAUCACAUAUAUUAAACUCCUAAAGCCAAGUGAGACCCUUCCAUAAGACACUUUACUCUGCUCGCUACAGAACACCAUAAUUCCUUCUUUUUCGAACUCAAGCUAAACCAGACAGACAAAUAUUGUUUUUAUGUGUCCAAAGUGUGUACAGUUAAAUAGCCGUGAUAAUUUUACACCCCAGGUUUUAUGUAAGAACUACGAUCCAUCUAUCUAUAUCUUUGUCUAUGUAAUUAUUGUCGUAUUGAAGCUGAGUUUCAAUAGACAUGCUUGAUUAGCCGCAAAACAACAAUGCAGAAAAAAAGCAGACUUUAUAGGAGUUUUGAAUCAAAACACUAAUUGCAAGAAGUAGAUGAUAAAGCUUCACGCUAUACAGAAUAAUGAACCUGCACGCAGCUUGUUAGAAAUCCAUUGCAAAUGAUGCCAUCAUUUCAAUCAUCAUUUAGAUUUACGCCAGUCAUUUCAUUUAUGCUACAUAAAGCUACUCAUUGGACAAACAUCACCAAGUUAUCGAACAUUCACUGUAGUUAUGUCUUUCAUACAUCAUAAAAAAAACUACUUAGGGUAAUUGUAAUGGCUUCCACAUAUUGUUUACUGGAAUAUUUGUUAAUAAAUAUUCAAAUAGCUAACCCUGAAGAAUGCUUUGCAUGAGACUCGAAACGUCGAUGAAAUUCGUUAUUGGAUCAGAUCCAGCCGUUAUAAUUACUUAGCAAAUUGAAAGCUCUCUUAAUGUAGUACAUUUCACGCAUUUCUUCGUUUAGCCCUUAACCAAAUUUAUGCACAUUAGAGAAAUGUUCCAUUUAAGUUCAUGGUUCUAGAUGUUGACGCAUUGCGCAAACCAAACUUACUAGCCCAAAUGAUAGCCAUAACGCGUUAUACAAUUAGCAUAAAGAAAAGCAACUGAUGUUCAAUAUACAUACCCACGCCUAACCUAAAAAAAAAACUAGCAUUAACUACCGAAAACGGGACAAACCCAACCUGAUGCAAACUUCCUUUCUCUUCCCAUGUGCGUGCGCGUUUGCAAUUUCCGUAGAAACUGAAGCGAGAAUUUUGGCUGAACUCGUCACAGGGAGCUGUUGGUAACAAAAGCAACCAGACGUUCGGAACGAAGCACAACGACGCCGG